GAAAAAAAUGUCACCCCAAAAAAAUUCCCCAAGUUUUCUGUCAGUCAAUAAAAAAUCUCCAGUUUGGAAAUGCUGGGCGGCAUUAUGUGAAAAGUGCCUUUGGUUCUCAAUGUUACUUCCUGUUUUCCUGUCCAAACUUGCCACACGAUGUCGUGACAUCACAUGGAGAUGCACGGGAGCUUGACUUUCUGCUGUUUUUUCAAAGCAUGCUUUGUGAUUCAAUUUCAUGCUGACUGUCAAAAUAAGCAGACUAGGGUUUAUAUUACCACUUUAAUAAAAAUAUUGUGAAGUCGUGGUUUUGGUGCUAUGCAGCACAACCUGAUGUAAUAAUUUUAUGAUUGGUAUAAUUUCAUCAUUUUAUUUUAAGUAAAUUUUUUUUUUGUAGCUUGAAAGACAGAAAAUGAGAGAAGAUGCAUCUCAAAAAAGCAGAAGAAUUUCACAUUACUUUAUAAAAAAAUAUCUCAUGGAACAAUUAAAGAAUCCAAAGAAAAACCAGCCAACUUCUGAACAAUUAGUUGUAAAUAAACCUCAACAAGAACAACAUCCAGAGAUUCAAAAUAUUUAUAAUGAGAAUGAAGAUGAUAGUGAUGAUGAAUUUGAAAGUUACCACCCUUCUAUUGAAAUGCACUUUCAAAAUCCCUUUUCCAUCAAUUUUGAAACAGACGACUUUAAAAUGUUACCACUGGAUAUACAACAUGAAUUACUAACUGAAAUUAAAGAACGUUACAAGAGAAAAUGCUGGCUAGAGCAAGAAGAAAUACCUGAAAAUUCUGGUGAAUUUUCCAACUAUCAAGUAGCCCAACUUCUGAACAGAAGAAAAAUUCAACAGAAGUUGGAGGACGUACGGAAAACAAUGAGUCAGAGAAGUGCUGGAUCCAUUAAGGAAAUGCAGUUACUAUAUCUAGAUUUAGAAGAGGAAGAAGAAAUAGCGGAAGAAAGACGUAUAAUGUCCGAAGAAAAUUCACAUUUUAUACUUUUAAAGCAGUCUAAAGUUUCUGGUAGUGGACUACCUACUGAUGAUUCAAAUCAAUUACUAAACAACAGAGAUUCAAAUGAAAUAGCUAUAAUAGAUGAUGNAAUUAUGAGAACCACUGUUCUAGAUGAUAUUCUGUAA